CACGCAGUUAACGCCAGCUCUUCCGGUGAAUGAAGCUCUGUCGCUACAUAACUAGACGUCCUACAGCACGCGCCAUGCUCAAUAUCUAGGGCGCUGCAUCGAAGCUCCCGAUAUGACACUCCCCGUCCUACAACCUCAUCCGUUGGCGUGGAACUUCUCCGCCGCCUCCAACCACACCCACAAUGCAAACCAGCAUGGCCGAAGUCGACCACCCGCUAGGUCCGAAAGGUCUGUUUGCUACUGCAGUCGUCGACGUGAAUAAAGCGGUCGAGAAACUCACGAGAGACAACUACUCCCGCUUGAGGUCGGAGCUGAGUGCGCUGGAGCUUAAAGAAUUUGGAGACCUACUCGACGAUAUCGCGAGCCGUGUGGUUGACGACCGGCCGCUCUUCCUGCGCGGCAAGUCGAGCACAACUGCAGCGAAGUCGCGAUUGAGGCUGCGCUCGAAAGCGCUUCGCCUUGUUGUCAGCCACAGCCUGUCUCGCAUUUCAGGUACCCGAGUCAGCGACCUCAUAACCCAUAUCGACCAGACGGUCCGGUCAGGAAGCGAGGGCUUCAUUGCGCCGUUGCUGCCGGAGUAUCCUCAGAUCUUGCGGGUACUCGUUGCAUCCAGUACAAUCGUGGAACGGCUGUCGGAACAAGACAGAAAUACUGCACUAGACCUAUGCACUGAUCUCCUUCCUCUCAUAGUAGAGAGGCAGACUGGAGGCAGUGCUCAUUCCAAUGGGCAAUCAAUAAGAUCCGCUAGUGAAUCUUUGUACAAAUCUUCGAGCGUCGCUACGCCAAAAGUAUUAGACGAGGAAUCGAAAUUGGAUUUCAAAGAAUCCGCGAACGCAUUUCUAUGGGCCUUGGCACAUAUAGUGGGUGCAUCAAAUGCCCCCGUUUUCGACAAGGACAGGUCAGAGCAUAUUCUCUCUGCGGCAAUCAAAUGUCUCGAAACGCGAAAUGUAGACACCAAGUGUGGCUUCCAACUGAUCAAUUCUCUCCUCAAAUUAAGUACGCUAGACUCUGGAGAGUUCACCAAGUCGGCGGUUCGGCGUUUGAUGCCACUGCUCAAGUCUUUUUGGUCCCUGAAAGAAAUAAGAGAGGAGCUAUUGAUCAUGCUAAUCUACACUGACGCUUAUAUUUCAGCCAUGAUCCGGUCGGACGAUGAUGAAUCAUUCAAACUUGAUCUUACAUCGCUCUUAGAGACGAUGCAAGCAGACUACAAAAAGUUCAAAUUAGCGCAUGAAGUGCUCUGUUUUCGGCAUGCAGGGAGACCUGUCGGAGCAAGAUUCCCAAUUGGUACACUUGCUUACUCGCUGCACAGCGAGCAUGAGUUCUUGAAGUCUGACGCCUGUACCUCUUGGAUGCAUGCCUUCUACAUAUCCCACUUUGCGUCCAUGCUCGAUUCCCAACAGAAUCGUAACGCUAUCAAGCGUGAGCAUGACAAUGACAUUGUCGCAAAAAGAUCUCGUGUUGAGCACCGCCUUCACGAGUACUUGCGCGAAGCAUCUGAUCGUCGAUUGCAAACAGCUACUAAGACCGAGGACACUAGAGCCGCUGCUCUGCAGGUGAUUUCUUUCAUGGUACAAGAAGGACCACUAGACGACGAGGAUUUGCUUCAGGUUCUUGAGACACUCAAUCCUUUGAUAACUCACGAUACGCCCGGUGUGUCUGCCUGGGCAUUGAUUGGGCUCACAGCGACGGCAUUUCAAACAUCAUCAAAGUCUUCCAAGUUUACAGCUCAAUGGGAAUCUAUUUGGCAGACCGCUGCUCGCACCAUCACGUCCGAUUCUUCUUCUCGAGCUGCGUGCCAUCUAAUGAACGUGGUCCUCAGACUCGGGCUUGUAUCAUAUGAAUCCAUCUCCGAGGUCGUCGAAAGAGUGCUGUCGUCUGUUGAGCUCAAUGGGCCAUCACUGCUCACCGAGUCUAGCUCGUCUUUAUGGACCGCUCUUCUCCGUGGACGGACGGAGGGAAACCCGACGCUGUUUAAUGAAACGUCAGAGCGUAUAUUACAAUGGUUGUAUUCCAAAUGGACGCCCAACCUCUUUUCAGAAAGAUCAUACGCUGAACCUAAUUCCCUCUAUUGCAAUUCUCGAGACGUUCUCCGACUAAUUGCGGCGUGCCUCGACCGACCCUCGCUCCCAGCCAGUGGGUCAUCAUUCGCCGUCUUGAAACCCAUCGGUACAGCAUGGCUUCACGCACAGUCUUGUCGUGAGCUCACCAAUUAUCUACUGCUUUUCGACGAGAGUCUCCCAUUUCAAACAAGUUUAGACGUAGAGUCUUUUACUUCAGAUGUCAACACAUCUCAACCUACCAAUCAUUUGCUGAUGACAGAAGCAAGAGUGUUCGACUUCCUGGUCUCAGAGUUGGAAAAAACUCAACAAAAAUGGAAACCGUGGACAAUAGAAUCCCCCCAGAGUAUCACCCAAAAUAUGCUUCGAAUAGUUGCCACGCUGGGGUUCGUAUGUUCCGCUUUAUGUUAUGCUGGAAGCCCUUCGCAGAUUCGACGAAUACAAAAGCUGGAGACGGUGCUAGAAGCCUUGUUUCGCAGCUUCAGUAGCCUCUUCUCUCGUCGCUUGGAUGACAAAUAUAAGCUGGAUACAGUCCUUCACGUGUUUGCUCAAUCCGCACCUGACAUUAGCCAAAUCAAAUCUCUGGAUCCCAAGUAUUUUCGCGAAUCCGGAAUCUGCGCUUUUGCUAUCCACAUGUCGAAGGCCUUGGAAACCCAAAGAGUUUUGAUGGAAUCCUUUUAUACCGAAGACAUCGACUUUAUGGACAUUGACGAUGGACCGGAUUCUCAAAUGACAGACGAAACUUUGCCUCGGGACCGGCGUGUGUCCCGGUAUGAUCUCGCUGCUAGUACGAGCCUAGAAUCUCUUCGGUCAUCAUGUUCCGCCUACUUGAGUCUAAUUGCUUGCGUCGUCAAGUCUCCAGUCGAUAAAGAAGCCUACAACAUUGUACCAUCCGGAUUCGUGAGCCAUCUUACAUCCAUAUCUGCGGCAGAGCUCCUUCACUGCCGACAGUUCGUAAGUGCGCUGAUCUCGGGUCCUGGAAGGCUACAAAAAGCAACUUGUCAGUCGCUGCUCGAUCACAUUGGAGACGAAGUCAUGCGUCAAAAUGAGUACCAGACUUCAGAAGUCGCCGAAGGCAUGCUCUUGGAAUUAUUGAUCGGCACUGAAGCCUUGUGGACGGACGGAGGGUCGAAAGAUCCAGAGACACAGGUUCUCUACGCAACCGGACAAGACUUCUAUGAAUGGUUUCUAGGUGGAUAUGAGGCUUAUGGCUGGGCAAAGUCGACUAACCUGCAAAUAGGGGUUUCCAAUUUGUGUCUCUGUUUGUCAAGAUCACAGCCCGAAUUUGCGCAAAGCCUCUCCCUGCCAUCUGUACGCACCAGUCUCUUCACGUUACUCGCCUACUCAGACAUUCCGGUCCAAUACCAUAUCGCACAAUGUCUACCUGACAUGUUCAACAAUUUUGUCCUAGCAACGCAUGACUCGGUAUUCGCCGAUAUUCACGAGAGCCUACCCAAUCGAGAUCGUCCAGAAGACAUUGCCAUUCGUUUGCUGGUUCUGUCUCGCCUAGGUUCAAGUUGGCAUACGCUUCUACGUAGAUGCGUUUAUCUCAUAUUCGAGACGGCAGGCUUCUUUGAUUGCGCCAUGGCACAUGCAACGCACUGCAUAAGCAAUGUGUCGGAAUCCAUAAAGCUGGGAAGUUCGCAAGAACUCUUUCGGAUAUUUGCACCACAAAUCAUAUACAGCUGGCUGAAAACCGGAAAGAAGUUCGCGGAUAUACCUUUCCUUGCUUUCGACUACAGCACCCUUCUAGAUCUUAUUGAAGAUGUCGAAGACGAAGCAUUUGGCCAAGCAAUGAUGUUCGCAAAGGAAGAUGAGUUGGAAUACCUAGCGAAGCUUUCGAAACAACCAGUUCAAGAAGGGUUGAAGAGGAACUUUGCGAAAGCAGCCGCCUACAGCAUUUCGUGGGAUACUUGCAGCCGUAACGGGAAAAACAAAACGCCAAGCAACGAUGCGCGCCUUAAGACGCUUCUUGAGCCCGAACAGUACUCGCAGCUCUUUCAUUGGCACUUUCCUCGCAUUCUUGGAAUCGUCAUAUACAGUAUGGACAACGAAGAUCUUCUUGAAAAACGCCUUGCAAAGCGUCCCCCAUAUGUCAAUACUUCCAAUGCGUUGAAAGAAAUCAAGACCACGAGUCAUUCAAGUCAAGAUCUACCCGAAGGCAUAGCACCAUCAUUUACUGCUAAGUAUUUGAGCGAUCAAAUAGAACGCUUGUGCCGUAGAACGAGUAUGGAUCCUGUGAGUUUCUGGACCGCCGAAAUAUUUGUCUUCGUGAUGAGGAUGCUUCUUGAUCGAAUUCAUCCAGCUUUGGGCUCUUUACACGCAUGUUCCAUCAUUCGGAAAAUCCGGGUAUUAGUCGGCUUAGCUGGCCCCAUUGCUUUGGACGGGUAUCCUUUGCAAAUGACUUUGCAAUCCUUGCGGCCCUUCCUCACAGACAGCCAAUGCGCUGAAGAUACCCUAGGAGUCAUGCAGUAUCUCUUCGAGCAUGGGAGACCCUUCUUGUCCUCGCAAUUGUCCUUCAUCACCGGCAUUGGGCUCUCAAUUCUUACAUCGAUCCGGGUUUUCUUGGGUUCAACACAGGAAAGUACAACCCAAGAAAGCCAGUACCAAGCGACUAUGGACAGAGCCAAGUCAUUCCAUUCGUGGUUCACUGCGUAUCUCGAGUCAUACUCGGCAUCCACUCAAGGCAGCAAAUCUCUCCUCAAGGCAUUCAAGUCCAUCAUCCGCGCCGCUUCACAAACGCGUAUUGAAGGAAAUGCUAUUGCCGGAACCGCUGAGAGCAGGCUUUUGCGGGAACUACUGGACGAUGAACGUAGCGAGAGAUCCCUUCUAAGCGCCCCAUCUCGCGAAAUCGCUUUCAAUCUUCUGUGUCAAAAUUUCCAACCUCCAAAGUCUAUGCAAGAUGACAUCAUGGGCACCGACGAGAAAGCAGCCCGCUUUGCGCCUCAAGUGUGGCAAUCUUGCCAGCGUGCUGGUGUGGGCGAAGGCUACCUUAUCUGGGCCGCAAGAGUGCUUGGACGUGCGUUCGGCGCCCAUGGAGAACUCGAACGGGGCUUACGAGUUGCAAGUAUCGAACGCAACGGAUCUUACACGCUACGGAAGUAUAGGUUUCGUAGCUCGAGAGCUGCCAUCUUCCACUCGCUUGCAGAGCUUCUCUGGAGUGAUGACCGCAAGGAGAUGGGCCUUGCGGAAAGAACAAUUCGACUUACUCUCACCAAGGCUAAGACAGCUGAGCAGCAGGCGGAACUCGACCAGAUUCUUCCCCAGACUCUGUCUGAAUACAUCUCCACCGCACUGACCCUACCAUUGUUGUACACAUAUCCAAUUCGUCAAAAUGACCCUCUUUCAACCGUCAAAAUCAUGGCGCGCCCAACGCCGGAGAAAACAGUUUCCUUGUGGAUUCGAGAUCUCACAGUCAACUUGUGUGAGAUUGCCUCGCAAGAUUCUCUCCUCAGUUCCUUGUCGGACAUUCUCCAGGGCAUAGAAGGCUAUCCAGAAAAGCUCUUCCCAUUUAUCCUUCAUCUAGUACUUCACCAGGAAUUCGAUGGGCAGCGUAGUGUUCGUGACGCAAUUUCGAGAGCAUGUUUAUCUUGGUUCGAGGGCCGCAGUCAGGCCACUGUGCCCUACAUUAAGAUUCUGAUACGAGGAAUCCUCUAUCUACGCACUCAGCCCGUACCGCAUGAGGUUACCCGCGAAGAUCGUGAUCGGUGGCUCGACAUCAACUAUCUCAAGGCUGCAGAAGCCGCCACAGCAUGCGGCAUGUACAAGAGUGCUUUGCUUUUUGCAGAGACCCAUUCUGCUCCACCCGUGCGUAGCUCUCGGCGAUCGUCUACAGUGCCACAAUCGAGCAUACCAACAGAGCUCCAGUUUGCAAUUUACAGGAAUCUAGACGAGCCUGAUUCGUUCUACGGAGUUGAAAGAGAGCCAAGUCUGCCGUCUAUACUGGACAGGUUGGAUUACGAAAACAAUGGUAUCAAGAGCCUACUCUUUCGUGGCGCCCUCAUGGAUAGCCAAAUGCGGCAAAUGACCUCCGUCGAUCCGGCGGACUCGCGCGGGAUGAUCAAAUCGUUCAUCACGCUUAACCUGAAUAGCGUCACACACCAUUUGCUGUCAAACGAAACAUUUCACAAUACGGGUCCAGAGGUGGUCAACAGCACUCUGCAUACGGCACGAAAGCUUGAGCAAUGGGACAUACGGGCCCCUCAGACCAAUCAUUCGGAGGCCAGUACCAUCUUCAAAGCUUUCCAAGGCCUCCAUUAUUCGUCAGACUCUGCCAGUGCUCGUGCAGCCAUCGAUGGUCAGUUAUUAGUAACAAUAGGGAACCUUGUUGGCCGUGAGAACUCUUCGAGUGCCAUUAAAGCUUCGCUUAGAACACUGGCGGUUCUCACAGAAGUAGACGAUGUUGUCACUGCAUCAGACCCAGAUCAGUUGGCAGACGCGUGGACUCAAAUGCAGUCUCGUCUGGGUUGGAUGCAGAAUGGCCAGUUUGAUGAUGUCAGGCUGAUUAUGUCCUGUCGAGAAACUCUAUUUAGCGUUCUGAGUAGCAAUGCCCAGCUCCAAAGCUCGCUGCGUGUGACGCCAAGAGACAUCCGCCACAGGGAGAUUGCGGCACUGCUUUCUUCCUCUGAGAUAAGUAGAAAACACGGCGCCUGGCAAGAAUCUCUAGCAAGCGCUACCUACUUGUCGUCCAUUGUGCGCCAAUGCACGUCUGUUGGGCUCAAUAUCGAAGCUCUUGCUGAAAACGAGGUUGCCAAUGUACUCUGGGAGCAAGGAGAGACCGAAACGUCUAUUCGCAUUCGACAGAAGCUUUUGAGCAGGGAUGAUUUGUCAGCACAGUCAGAUACGCUGUCGGUGUCGAUCUUGCUGGUUAAGCUGGGACAUCACAUGGCCGAAGCUCGAUUAGAGAAGCCCGAAGUCAUCAUCAAAAAUUACCUCAAACGCGCCACAGCAGAGUUGAAAGGUGAACAUCAUGGUCUUGAGCCCGGACAGGUGUUUCACGAAUUUGCGUCCUUUUGCGAUAAACAACUCCAUGACCCUGACUCAAUCGAGGAUCUAACGCACAUUAAGGCAGCUAUGGAACGUAAAGGCGAGGAAGUCGAAGAGUACGAAAAUCUAGCCAGAUCGUCGAGGAAUAGCAAGGACAGGGAGGGUUAUAGAAAAGAAGCGGCAAGGUCAAAGAAAUGGCAGGAACUCGACAGCACUGAGUACGAGAAGUUGCGCGCAAAUAGGGAGGAUUCCCUUCGACAGUGCCUUGAGAACUACCUUCUCGCAUUGCAAGCGUGCGAUAACUAUGACCACGACGUACUACGCGUCUUCUCCCUCUGGCUUGAGUAUGCGGAAAUACCACUUGCCAACGAAGCCGUCGGGCGUCAACUUCCGAACGUUCCCAGCGGCAAGUUUGCUGUGCUGAUGAACCAGCUCUCCUCAAGAUUGCAAGCCGAAAACACCGAGUUUCAGGCCCUCCUAGCAGGGCUCGUGUUUCGAUUGUGCACCGACCACCCUUACCACGGAAUGCAUCAAAUAUAUGCAGGUGCGAUGCCAUCUCCAAACAAGGAUGACGCGACGAAGUCGAGAGUAGCAGCCGCAAAGAGUAUUUCUGUUAUGCUUAAGAAGGACUCGAAGGCAAGCGUACACUGGUCACCCCUCGAGGAAUCCAACAACUUAUAUCACGAACUCGCCAUGGCCAAGGCAGAGGCGGAUAAAAGGGUUGGGGGGGAGCAAUACCUAGAAAAGCAUCCACAGGGAAAAAAGCUCAUGCAAAGGAUUCCCGGACUCAAAGUGCCACCUGCAACGAUAUCAUUGGAUAUUCGGCCCAAUUGCGACUAUAGCGAUGUGCCAAAAAUUGUCAAAUUCAGAAACCAAAUAUCAAUAGCAAAUGGGUUGAGCGCUCCGAAGAUUGUCACAGCGUUUGCGUCUGAUGGGAAACCCUACAAGCAACUGUUCAAAUCCGGCAACGAUGAUCUGCGACAGGACGCAAUUAUGGAGCAGGUUUUCGAGCAGACUUCGGGAGCUCUCAAAAAUCACCCGGCGACUCGUACUCGUAACUUGCAUAUCCGCACUUACAAAGUUGUGCCACUUUCUUCCCAAUCGGGACUUAUGGAGUUUGUACCGAAUACUAUGGCUUUGCAUACCUAUCUAAUACCUGCACACGAAAAAUACUAUCCCAAAGACCUGAAAAACGACCAGUGUCGAAGAGCAAUUGCUGACGUCAGCACCGAGUCAAAUGCAGUCAGAGUGAAGAAGUACAGGGAAGUAACGCAACGCUUCAACCCGGUGAUGCGUUAUUUCUUCCUAGAACGCUUCGAGGACCCGGAUGAAUGGUUCGAGAAACGACUUGCUUAUACCCGAUCCACAGCCGCUAUCUCCAUACUUGGCCACGUUCUUGGGCUCGGAGACCGGCAUUGCCACAACAUUCUCCUUGACGAGCAGAGUGGAGAAGUCGUGCACAUUGAUCUUGGUAUCGCGUUCGAGGCAGGCCGUGUCUUGCCAGUACCAGAGGUCGUGCCGUUUCGCCUUACAAGAGACCUGAUAGAUGGCAUGGGCUACACCAAGACCGAAGGUGUUUUCCGGCGGUGCUGUGAGUUUACGCUAGAUGCGUUGCGUGAAGAACGCGAGGGUAUCAUGACGCUGCUCAACGUUCUCCGCUAUGACCCACUUGUUAACUGGUCCUUGUCGGUCUCCAAAGCGAAACGUUUGCAAGACGAACAGGGUGAGGGCAGAGAUGCCAUGAGAGAGUCCCGAGCAUCAACGCUAGCUCCCGGUGGAGAUGAGCUUGUAGUAGACCAAAGCAGCAAGAAGGAAGACGAUACAGGCGAAGCGGGUCGUGCGCUAUCUGUCGUGGAGAAGAAGCUUUCGAAGACGUUGAGCACGGCCGCAACAGUCAAUGAGCUCAUCCAGCAGGCGACCGAUGAGCGGAACCUGGCUGUUCUUUUCUGUGGUUGGAGUGCUUAUGUAUAG